AUGUCCUCCCAGUCUUUAAGCUGGAUACCUGUGACGGCUAUAUGGCAUCUAGAUAUCCAUGAUCUAAGUCUUUUUGGACUCCUUCAACUGCUUUUUCUCUGUGGACUCAUUUUGACUUUGGUUAUUAUCCUCAUUGAUCAUGCGGAUUACCUCCUCCAAACUUGGCCCGUUAGAAACCUCCAUCGUGUAACCAGCCAAAACCUCCUUUGGGCGAGGUUUAGACGCCAGCUAAGUGGGCGUGAGUUGGAGGAUGCCGUUCAACGCGCCUAUUACAAGUGCACCAAACAAGGAAAACCAUUUGCGAUAAAGGCCGACCUUGACUACUGGAUGCUGAUGCUCCCAUUGGAAUCCAUGAAAGAAUGGUGCAAUCUUCCGGCCGACCACCUAAGUUUUAUGAACUAUGUCGAAAAUGCGUCAGCUAUUGGGUAUCAUACCAAUGUUGACUGCCAAACACACAUCAACGCAAUUUUGGCAUACAACCAGAAGAAACACACUGAUCACGUUCAUUCCCUCAUACUAGCGGAUGCAGACGAGUUCCUACACCCGUUUUUUGGCAAUCCAAGUAGCAAAGAAUGGACCAAGUUCAACCCAAUAGAAUUUGUCAGUAAUCUGAUGAUGCACUAUGCGACGUCCUUGGUCCUUGGGCCGGGUUUCUCGCGAGACCCCGUUCUCAUGCAACAUAUAACUUCUCAUGUGUUGGGAAUCGAAGAGGUUAUAAAUGAAUUUGCUCGCUGGCCGAAAAUCUUAUUCCCAUUUCUCUGGAGAUUGUCCCCUAUUCACCGUAAAUUUCGCUCGAAUAUCUCGGUUAUUAGGAAGAAGGUCGUCCCAGAAAUCAAACGCCGUGUUCAGCUUCUGCGACUUGGAGAGCCAACUGGCGAAGACAUGAGUAUGUUGACUAUCUUUUUAAAGCAAGCUCUCAAAGAGGGCCUCCUUUCGAAGGUCAAGAAUCCCAAGACGGAUAAGAAGGACAUUGAAAGCCUCUUUAUGAAGACAUUAUUCCAUAUCUACGAAGUCUGGGGCCCUGUCACUCCACUCUUGAGUGCUAUGUUUGUUCGCUGUAUGGCAGACCCCGAGUACAUCGAUGUCUUGAGAGAGGAGAUCUCAGGCUCGUUGGAAUCUCAUGAAGGAUGGAGCUCCAAUAUACUAGCGCAUACACCAAAGCUAGAAAGUUUCAUGCGCGAGAGUUUGCGUUUGUACGCACCGAUUUCAGUAAGCGUAUCGCGUAGGUUGAAUAAGCCGCUUAGAAUCGAGUCCCUAAACCUGAACCUUCCAAAGGGAACUUGCAUUGGAAUACCUACGAAAUGCGUUCAUGGGGAUCCGAAGAACUACCCGGACCCAACGAGAUUUGACGGUUACCGGUUUUAUGAUGCGCAUACCAAUACCUGCACAACGCGUGCGUCAACAGCUUCAGAGAAAUUCCUGGCGUUUAGCUAUGGUACUGGGCUCUGCCCUGGCCGGUUUAUCGGUGUGAAGGUGUGCGAAAUUCUCUUGGCUAAAGUUCUUUUGAAUUUUGAUAUCGAGUUUAUAUCAAAUGAGCAAGAGUUCCCGGGGUAUAUUUUGUUGGAAAACACAUGGUCAUUGGUGGACACAAACUUGACGGCUCAUGUACGAAGCCGUAAGUAA